UUCAAUAUUAAUUCUGCUGAUCUCAUUAUUUUUCAUCUUUCAAUCAAGAUAAAGGAGUGUUAGAUAAAACAAAGAUCUUGUAACAUUAGCAUGUCGAGUUUGCGUUGCUUUACAAACAUCAUAAUGUGCAAUCAUACUGACCCGGUAAGGUGUUGCACAGCUUUUGCAAUUGUUUUCAUUAUAUCCGGUUUUAUUAACGUAAAUCCAGAAGAUGUUUGAAAAAGAACUUCAUAACUUAUCCAAAUCAUUUGAGCAAAGCUUGCUUCAACCCUGUAGUAGCUAUUUAAUUUUAAAAAAAUCGCUAUUUCGGCGCGUCCAAAGAACAGUCAAUUUUUGUAACCUUGCUUUCUUGGUGUGGGGUAAUUUAGCCGAUCCGUUCUAAUAAUUUUCCACAAAAUAUUCAUCAUCCUUUACAACUUCUGUAUCUUGGAAAGAAAUUGCUUGGAAUUCAUCAAACACCCACUAUACACCACCAACAGACUAGAUUUCAGUAUGUCAUCAGAAUAAAGUCAUUUUUAUUUAUGGCGCCAUGAUAUAUGUUUUUUAAUCCUCUAACAACUUGAACUUGCUAUUUACAUGACCGGCUUAGCCCAAUCAAAAAAAAUAUACACCAGUAUCGACGAUACUAUCACAAAUUUUAACUUAUUUUUGCACCAGGACAGUAAAACACGAUUGUUUUUCAAAUUGGAAAUGAUCAACCUCUCGCGUCAAACUUGAGUAAACCCGGGGAAAUUUUUUCUCUGAAAAACGGUAACUAUUAAUGCUGGAGUUUCUGCCUUUUUCGAAAGAGAGGAAACCCUUUUUAUUCCCAGCGCACAGAUAAUGAACUUCAGUAUGAUGCCGAAUAGCGGUUGCACAUUUUAUUGAACUUGUGAUCAGGUGAAUUUGCUAAGCACAGGCGAUGGGUAACUUUUUCACUGGAGACGGCAUUGAACAGUUUACGAAAGGGGAUUUACAGUAUUGCAAAAACCAUAUGAUAUCACAUUGUAAAUUCGUUAAUUUGGCGCCAAAACUGGCUGCCCGCGUCCGGCUCUCCUCGAUUUGUUUCAGGUAGGAUAAUAAAUGUCUUAUAAUUUUGAACCAUGUAUAUGUGUUGUUCAUCGUCAAAUUUUUGAAGCAAAUUUAGUUUUAUCUUUUCUUUUGUUAACUGUGAAGAAAAAGACUAUUAUCGUGUCGUUUCGGUAGAACAGCUCGGUUUUGACUGCUUCGCGUGAUCUCAUAUUACUAGUACCCUACAAGAAACCAAUUUCAGGUCUUAUUCAAUUCUCUCAUGGAUAAGCUUUCAAAAGGCAAUAGCAUGAUACUGUAAACUAAUGGCUCACAAACUGACCUAUAUAGUUUUCAGUAUAAAGAGAAACCCGUAGCCAGAUCUAGCUACAUAAGAUAUACCUUUUGUCUGGCUCUCGCUGAUGCCGUGACACAUUGAUUUGUCACGUAGUUGGACACGUGGUGUCCAGUCUGCAUACUGAGCAAGUGCAAGCAUCGUGCAUUUUGAAGAUCUUGAAACAUUCGCGAUUCGAUGGACGGUGUGGCUGAAGAGGCGGCCGAACGGAUUCGACAACCUCGUAAGGUUACUGACGAAAAGUUUAAAGACCAGCUGCUCCAUAAAUUGGACGAGCUUAGAAAGGCCAACAAUCUCUGCGACAUAACUCUUAGAGCUGAAGGACAAGACUUCCCUGCCCAUCGAUGUGUGUUAUCUGCCGCUAGCGAUUACUUCAGGGCUCUGUUUUCCAGCGAGCUGCAAGUGAAAGAAAAUCAGAGCAAUCUUGUGGAACUAAACGAGGUUAAAUGUUCUGUUCUUGCUGAAGUCAUUCUGUUUAUUUACACUGGCGAAAUGAACAUCGGAGCACAAAACGCGCAAGAUUUGGUGAUGGUCGGAGAUUACUUGAUCAUUCCAAGUUUGAAAACAAAAGCUUCUCAAUUCGUGGAGGAAUCGAUCAAUACUUCGAAUUGCAUCGCGUUGGAAUUGUUCGCUUCUCAGUAUAACUGUGAGUCGCUGAGGUUGACGGCCAUAAAGCACAAACAGCAACAUUUUAUUGCCUUUGUGAAGUCAAAGGACUUUCUGUCGCUUGGUUUCGAGCAAGUAAAAGAUUUGAUGUCUCAAGACGAGCUGCAGAUUUCCGAAGAAGAAGAGGUUUAUGAAGCAAUAAUCACAUGGGUCAGGCAUGAUCUGGUGUCGAGGGAAUGCUUUCUUCCAGAUCUCUUGAAAUGCUUGAGACUCUUCUCGAUGUCAAAAUACAGUUUAAGAAUGAUUUUAGAUAAAGAAGAGCUGGUCACGAAAAAUCCAGUUUGCACCAGUAUUUUGACUAAAGGACUGGACUUCUUCCUGUUUCCGGAUCAGUUUCUUGGUAUGUCACUAAAACAUCGCACAUCUAUCGAGAGGGAAGAGCAUGUGGUAGUUCUCACUGGUGGGAUGGACCCUGAUUUGGAAUUGUCUCGGAACAUCAGGUGUUUAGUCCUUGCUACUAAGAAAUGGCAGCGGCUGACCAAAAUACCAAGCUCUUUACUAAAUGCCGAAUAUACAGAUGUUCGAUGUGUAUCUGCAGUUUGUGGUGGACAGUUGUUUAUUUUACCAGACAAUUCUGCCUCAAUAAGUUAUUAUGACCCACAAACAGGAAGAUGGAAGUCAGGGAACACUGGUCUUCCCAUUGACCUCAGUCGCACAUUAACUUCAUUCAAUGAAAAUCUGUACGUGAUUGGUGGUGAGAAAUACCCGCAUACUGUUGUUAGGUACAGUCCAAUUCAGAAUAAAUGGAAGAAGUUAGCUUCAAUGGAAACAGGCCGGGCCGAUCACUGUGCAGUACCUUUAGGGGAUCUCAUUUACGUGAUUGCUGGUUGUCACAAUGAGGUCUGUCUGCAGAGUGCCGAGAGCUAUAAUCCAUUAACCAACCAAUGGGCAAAGAUUCCAAAUCUAGCAAAGGCCCGAAGGUUCGCUUCUGCAGCGGCUACAUGUGGAAAAAUUCUUGUCGUUGGGGGAUUCUGUGAUAUGGCAGACACGGGUGAUGUGGAAUUUACUUGUGAAGUGUUUGAUCCUUGUUUGAGUCAGUGGAGUCUGGUGGCCAGUCCUGCUGUUCCACGAGCUGCUUGUGCUAUUGCGAGUGUUGAUGAUACUGUGUAUGUGUUUGGUGGCGAUAACCAGGAAGCUUGUCUCGAUGACAUUGUGAUGUUUGAUGUUAAAUCCAAUGAAUGGCAUGAAAUGUCCUGUACCUUGCCAGAACCUCUAUCACAUGCUCAAGCAUCUUUGCUAAAAUUGCCAAAGAAGCUGCUGAAGCAAAGUUGACAGUUUCCAUUCAGUAUACUAGGCAGUUAUUUUGGCAACAUUUUUAUCAUCAAUUGAUUGCACCAGACUCAGGUCUAACAAUGGCCAUUGAUCUAGUCUGAGACAACUAAAACUUUGAAUUUGGGUUAUUUAGUGUUGUUUUACUAGUCUCUUUAGUUGGUGAAAAAAACUUAGACCAAUAUUUGAUUAGAGUUAAACGUUUUCCCAGUUAGUAGUCAUUAAGGUAAAAGGUUGGAAUGAAGUCCUGUGUUUUCACUAAUAUUAUUGAGUGUUUUUUUAACUGUUUCUGUUUUUGUCUUAAUAAAACUUAAAGAGAGGGUACAAACAGUUUUGAUUUGUGAAAAUGCUUCAGCCAUGGCAUCCAUGACAAGGCACAAUUGCUGCUCGACCAAUAACAAAUUAUUUAUUACAAUAAAUCUGUAGCUUUCUGCACACAUUGCAUCCCUAUGAA